AUGAAGUCCACAUACGCUCUUUUGGUCACUGGCCUCGCAGCCCAGCAGACCGCAGCACACUGGAACUUUUUCGACAACUACGGCACACCCAACUACAGCAAGAACGUUUGCGACGACAAGCAGAAGGGUGGCUUCGACUGGUCGGAUCUUACAGAUGGUCAGUCUGUCGGCAACUAUGGUGAUUUUGACUUCUCUGGAGGAUGGAAGUGCUCCAACUCCUUCGGAAAGCGGGACUCCAUGAGCAAGCGGACGUUUGGAAACAAGUGCAUCAAGAACACCGUUCGCAAGGACAAGCCUGCCACAUUCGGCUGUGCCCAGCGUGGUUUCUCGAUCACACACAUGGAUGUUUCAUCCGAGUUCGACGCUGAAAUUGAACUCCAUUACAAGAUGGAAGACGGAUCUCUCUGCAAGCAACACACCAGCUGCUCGGCGGGUGGAUCGACGUUGCAGAACACACAGUGCGGUGGCGCCAAAUCCGUCGAGGUCUACCUUGGCUCACACUACAAGGGCGAAAAGGAGUCUUGCGAAAUUGGUUUCCACAACAUUGGUUUUGACUGCAAUGCUGAGAAACCAUACACUACUCCCUCUCCACCUGAGGUUCCCUCUACCUCAAGCGAAGUUGUAUCUUCCACCAUCGUUGAGUCAUCCACUGCUCCAGCUUCCAGCGUUAUCUCCUCCGCUGUCGAGACCCCUGCUUCCUCUGCGGUCGAGACUCCUGCAUCGUCUUCUGCCGUUGAGACACCCGCAACCUCUGUCAACGAGUGCGGACAGUAUGGCGAGGCAUGUAACACACCUGUUGAGACACCUCUCUCUUCCACUGCUCCUUUUGCCAACAGCUCUAUGCCCGCCUACACUCCUCCAGCCUCUUCAGCCGUCGAGAUUGAGUCUUCCUCUGUCGUCGAGGUCUCCAGCACCCCUGUAUCGAUCUCUUCCAUUAGCACUGCUACUCCUCAACCGGAGUCUUCCACCGCUGAGGUACCACCUACAUCUCAGAGCUCCGUUGCUGCUGGUUGCGGUUACGGAGAAUCUUGCGAGCAGUCUUCAAUCGUCGCAUCCUCAACGGCCGCGUCGUCAGCUGUUGUUUCAUCUGCUAUUGUCACUUCUGCUGUCCCUAGCUCUGGAACUGCCCUCCCUGCUACCAGCUCCGCCGCUCCUCAGCCUUCCAGCCCUAGUUACCCUCCUGUCGACAUCACGGACUCGGUUCCCAAGUGCAUGAACUCGUGGCUCCAGAUCUCGGCCCCAGAUUGCAAGGACAACACCGAUUCCAACUGCUACUGUGUCAAGCCUGAAUUCACCAAGAACGUCAUUGACUGUAUCUCAGCUCGCUGUGGUAGCGACGACGAAAUCAGCAAGGCCCUUCAAUACUUCAUCGGCAUCUGCGCUGAACACGUUCCUAAGAACCCCAGCAUCGUCGAUGACUGCCCUUCGUACAUUCCCUUGAACCCUACUCCUGCCGCUCCAUCUGGUGGUGCUUCCACUGGUGUUGCUAGCAGCAGUGAGGUUCCAGAGGCCGCUGAGAGCAGCUCCAUGGCUGCCCCUCCCGCUGGUGGCGAGAGCUCUGCUGUUCCCUCUGCUCCUGCUCAGGACACAUCCAGUGCAUACGGCCCUGGUUACCCUGGUGAGACACCUGCUGUUCCUACCCAAGGUACUACGACCGUCCCUGCCGGUGAAACUCCUGCGAUUACCACUGUCGUCUCCUCUGCAACCAUGACUCAGGUUGUUGGCACCACCACUCCUGCCCCUGAGACUCCUGCUGCAGAGACUCCAUGCACCACCAUCACCUUCGGUACCACAACACUUACCGUCCCACAAGUUCACUUCACCACCCAGACCAACUCUGCCGGCGCCAAUCCAACUGAGCCUGUUGCCCUUGUGCCUGGCACUGCUGAGCCUGCUCAGACCCCAGCUGCCACCACAUCCGCUGCUGGUGGUGCUCCUUACCCCAUCCCCUCCACCAUGGGCACUGCCACUGUUCCUAUGGGUACUGCUACCGGUACUGGAGCCAUCCGCCCUUCUUCGCCAGCUGAGUUCACUGGCGCUGCCUCGCCUUUCACCGUGGUGCCCAAGGGUGCUCUAUUCGGUGCUACGCCCAGUAUGUCGUCGUCUGGCGCAUCGCAGCCCACGCCGCCCAGUAAAGCACAGAGCGUCGAUCCAAUAUUGCGCAAUGCGCUCCGCUACACCAUCUCGGCCAAGGAGUAUCAGUUGCUGCACCAGUACCUCCUUUCGCGCGCACCCGUCGUGAAGAAGCGCACUAUACAUCCUAAACGAUACGACGCGAUUGUCAAGGGUCCGGAUGACUACAAUGUAGCCGCAUUCCGCGCUGCACUGCGGUUGGGCGUUGUGACCUUCUCGGGGCUGAAGGCAUGGGAAGUGAUUAGCACGAGGCUCCUUUCGCGGGGGACAGCGAAGAGGAGUCAACCUAGGACAUCAGUCCUCAAGUCACCCAACGUGCGCCUCAGCAGCUCCCUCGCCCUCAUACUCCUAUUCCACCGCCUCCUACGUCGCUUCUUUCUGCGCAUCCGUGAAAGCCUACUCAGCCACGAAGGCAAGUCGUUCCGGCGACGAAACCCGCGCAUAUCCCGUUCCUUGACGUCGAGGUUGGCACCGGCCAUUGGAUCCAGCUUGGCGGGCUUCUUCCUCGCAGUGUACCCCGGGGAUCAACUGCGCGUAACAAUUGCGAUAUACAUAAUGACAAGAGCUCUGGAGUUUGGCUACAAUUACUCGGAGGAACUAGGAUACUUCAAGAACAAACCAACCUGGCUUGGUUCCUGGAUGAUAAUGCCAGUGGCAUGUGGUCAAUUACUGCACGCAUUCGUCUUCGACCGUGACUGUUUCCCUUCUGGCAUGGGCAAUCACAUACUGAAGAACUCACCAGAGUACAUACAGAAACGACCCAAAGACUACCCAAGCACGGCGCAGUGGCCAGGCACGUUUGAUAUUGUGGACAACCUAGCCGACAUAUCGCGGCAACGCUGGCCAGCUUUCGUAUCACCCAUCCUCUUCCCCAAUGCAGAAACGCUACCAAAACGCCUGUCGUCCAUCUCUCCCAUAACCUCUCCUGCACAUCCAGCCAUCAAGUCCUUGUCGUGCGCCUUGCUCCACCCACAAGAUCCUUCCUGUCUGCGAACCUACGUCCAGUACUGGAUCCAAGCCUUUCCCAAAAUCGCCCGUUUUUUUACUCUCUUCUUCGCGGCUAUGAGCAUCACAAAGUACAAAGCUUUCCUCUCCUUUCCCAUCGCCUCGUUAAACAAUCUCGCCAAACGCGUACUGCGCAUGUCGCUCUUCCUCUCUGGUGCUAUAGGAACGAGUUGGGGCUCUAUUUGCCUCUUCCAGAACAUUCUGCCCCGGACUUUCCUCUCCACCCAACGAUGGUUCCUAGGUGGUUUCCUCGGUGGCCUAUGGGCUUUCUUGGAGAGGAAAGGUGGGCGGAGUAAUUUCUUAUAUACAGCCAGAAUGUCGAUUGAUUCACUAUGGAAAGUGGGUGUCAAGAGGAGAUGGUGGAAGGGCGUGAAGAAUGGAGACGUACUGCUUUUCGUUGUUAGUUUGGCAACUGUCAAUGCUUUGUAUGAGGUGUCGCCACGGGCGGUUAACAGUGGUGUUGCCAGGAAGGGAUUAGGUGUGUUGAGGGGUGAGGGCUGGGUUGAUAGAGCAGUAGUGCCGACUGAAGGUAAGGGCGAAGAAGGUGCUGACCAGGAGUAA